UGAGACCCCGCCCUGUCCAACGCGGUGUCCUGCUGACCGCCAGCCUCAUAUCUAUCUGUCGGUACAGUUGCAGCAGUCGCGCCUUCUUCCUCUCGCUGCUAGCUUCGCUUCCAUGUCGACCAACUAAGAAAGAAGCGGGUUUUCUCAUCUCGACCAGCCGGUUUAGUUAGUUAUCUCCCGUUAAGCUCGCUAACGGGAGCGUGUUGCGACAUGGGAUGAUGUAGCGGAACAACUACUACUAGUACUUUAGCAUGCUAAGCUAACGUGGAGAGAGACUAGCCAGUGGAGCUAAUAAGCUAACGGAGGCUACAGUCACCUGCAGGCUGCUGUUGCUACUAACUACCGGCUGCUGCUGCUAGGUGACAGGCAGGAUGGAAAGUGUGAAGGAGUCUGGGUUAGGGCUUUCAACUUCGUCAACACCACUGGACUCUAGCAGUGAGAGUAGUCCCGUGAAGCCAGGUGGAUUAACAGCGCUGUCUGCGGGAGAGAAGAGACCCUCCAUCGGAGAGGAUGACGCUGGAGGUGGAGGUGGAGGUGGCGGCGCAGAGGCGAAGCUCUUCGGGAAGGGACUCGCAGCCACCUCCCUCCUCCAGAUCGCGAUCAGAAACGGCAUCUAUCAGAGCCAAGUGGCCAACGCUAUCGGGGUAAAGACAGCCAACAUCUACAGCCUGACAUCAGUCAACAGCAGCACUUCUUCUGUCAACUCUCUGCUGAGCAGGAGGCGACAGAGACACAAGAGGAAUCUGUCUCUUGGUGCUCCUCCGACGACCUCCAGCAGCUCCACGCCCGGAGGGGUGUCCUCCUCCUCGGCUCCUGAGGCGGCCAGUCCCGCUCCCUCAGCCUCUCCUCUGAGCACCCUCAGCCUGGACAGGAAGACUUUUCUGCGGCAGAAGCAGUCCAAGCAGCUCCAGGCCUCGGAUAAGACCUGGGUGAGAUCGGACCUCCGGAGGGGGUGCAUUCACGUCCACGACUGGCUGACGCCCUCCUACCCGCGGCCGGUGCUCUGCACGGUGGACACCACAGCUGCAGAGGUGGCCAGCAAGCUGGAAGGGAGCAAAGCUGGGGCUGUGUUGAGGAUUAACUGCAAAACUGCUGCUUCAGUGGACUUAAAUGAUAACUGUAAAGAUUGUGCACAUACUGAUGAAAUCAAAAACCCCAAAGCAGAGGAGAAUGAACACACAAAACGGUAUUAUCCUGACUCUAAACUGUCCUCUAACUUGCUGGAUGAUAAAUCCGCCAGUAACUCUUCAUCUGAAGUCUAUCUGACUGACAUAGGGAUGGAGUUGAGCCUGAGUGUGGCAAACUGUUAUGGCGUCUACUCUGGGUCAGAUAUGGAGAGCAGCACCUGUGAGGACUUCAGCCCAGGUGGACCCAGAAGCACAGAGCUCAGCGAUGGACUGGGUUUGGGUACCGACUCCUCAGCGUUGAGCCCAAACGGUGACAGUGCCACAGAGGGACCUGACCCCUUUGAGAGCUCCUCAGAUGAAGUAGACCUCACCUCCUCUCCAACACAUUCAACCGACAACCCUGCUGCAGCAGACCAGCAAGCUGACCUGCCCACCACAGACCCCUGCAGUGCUUCCAGCCAAGUGACAACCACACCGAAUGACACCGAAGCCAGAGCUGGUGAUAACAUAGAUACCCCCAAAUUAAUCAAACCUCCCUCUAAAUGCCCCAGCAGCUCUCAGGCCAGGCCCCUGUCCAGCCAAGCAUCUGCCCAGCCUGACCUGGAGAUCCCAGGGGGGAGCAGAGCAUGGCCCGAGCCCAUCAAUACCAGUCCAACUCCGGCUCUCUUCGUCCAGCUGCACGGUGGAGCUGUGAGGCGGCUGGGAGAUGAUGAGAGGCCUCUUCAGAUAUUAAAUGAGUACCUCACCAAUCUGGGGUUUGAGGACCCAUGGAGGGUACAGGGGGAGGGGAUGAAUCCAGAAGUUGGCUGCCUGAUACGCUUCUACUUUGGCAAGCCUAGGAGUGUGGGUGGUUCUGAGCGCGUGCAGCUUUCUGGGGUGUUCAACGUACGGAAAGGGAAACUGGCGCUGCCGGUGAACCGCUGGUCGAAGCGUCAGGUCACGCUGAGUGGAACCUGCCUCAUUGUCUCAUCUGUGAAACACGCCCACACCGGCAAGAUGCACAUCUUCCCUCUCAUCGGAGGAAAGGUGGAGGAAGUGAGGAGACACAGCCACUGUCUGGCUUUCAGCUCAGCUGGUCCUCAGAGUCAGACCUACUACAUCAGCUACGACUCGUAUACAGAGCACCUCCGCUGGCAUAGGACGGCCUCAAAGAUUGCGUCCCAGAGGGUGAACUCAGUCGACCUGUCCUGCUGCAGCCUGGAGGAGCUGCCUGCUCAGCUCUUUUACAGCCAGGACCUCACACACCUCAAUCUCAAAAACAACUUCAUGUCGCUGCACAGAGGUGUUCCAGCACUCACCAGGUUUUGUAAACUGAGAAGCCUCAGUCUGUCAAAUAACGCUCUGUCAGACUUUCCCCUGGCCUUGUGUGACAUCACCUCGCUUACGGAGCUCAACCUGUCUGGAAACCGUCUCUCGUCUCUGCCUGCAGAAGUAGGAACCAUGCACAACCUGCAGACUCUUCUCCUGGAUGGUAACUUUCUGAGUUCUCUGCCCGUGGAGCUGGGCUCUCUGGAGGGCCUGACCUACCUCGGCUUGUCCUUCAACUGUUUCAGCUGCGUCCCCCCCAUCCUGGAGAAGCUCAGGGGACUGGAGAGACUCUGCCUGGCAGGGAACCAGCUAUCUGUCCUGGAUAUGGCUGGACUGCAGUGGCUGCCUGCUCGCCACAUAGAUCUCAGGCUGAACCGGCUUCAAAAGGUGACAGCGGGAGACUCGGAGCAGCUGGUCCACAUCGUCCAGCUGGACCUGAGGGACACCGGGUUACAGGAGCUGGAUGUCCGGCUUCUCUGCAGGCUGGAGCUCCUCCGCUGUGACAGAAACACUCUCUCCCUCCUCAGAGUCAGUGGCCACGCCCUCAAGAGCCUGCACGCUGCACACAACGAGCUGAAGCUGCUGGAGGUGCAGCCGGUGCCAGAGAAUCUGACUGUUCUGGAUUUGUCCUGGAACAAGCUGGGAUGUGUCCCUGCCUGGGUGUGUGAGAGCAGCAGACUGGAGGUGUUGGACAUCAACCAUAAUUCUGUUACAGAGCUGCCCAUACAGCUGCUGUCCAGUGGGAGUCUGAGAAAACUGCUGGCAGGCUGGAACGAAGUGUGCCGGCUGGUUGAGAGGCUGGAGAGAUCACAGCUCGAGGUUCUGGACCUCCAACACAACCAUCUGACUGACCUCCCACACAACCUGUUCAUCAAAGCACAGAGUUUGAGAUACCUAAAUGUGUCGGCGAAUAAGCUGGAGAGCCUCCCUGCAGCCAGCGUAUCAGAUGACAGCUCCAGCAGCCUGGAGGAGCUCUAUGUGACCAAUAACAGCUUGACAGACAAGUGUGUCCCUCUGCUUACUGGACACGGCCACCUCAGGGUGCUCCACCUCGCCUACAACCAGCUGCAGACCUUCACUGCCAGUAAACUGGCACGUCUGGAGAAGCUGGAGGAGCUGGACCUGAGCGGCAACAGACUGAGGGCCGUGCCCACCACCAUCCUCAGCUGUCAGCGUAUGCACACACUCUCUGCCCACUCCAACUGCAUCAAUGCGUUCCCCGAGGUGCUCCAGCUGCCUGAGAUCAAGUGUGUCGACUUGAGCUGCAACGAGCUGACUGAGGUCACUCUUCCAGAGACGCUUCCUCAGAAGCUUCAGGAGCUGGACCUCACAGGCAAUCCUCGCCUCAACCUGGACCACAAGAGCCUGGAGCUCCUCAAUAAUAUCAAAUGUUUCCGGGUGGAUCCAUCUCCUUCAGCUCCGUACGUGAGCGAGAGCCACGGGGCCCCUGCAGUCUGGAGCCACGGCUACACCGAGGCCUCUGGAGUCAAAAACAAGCUCUGUGUGGCUGCUCUGGCUCUAGACAGCUUCUGUGGGAUUCGUGAAGCUCUGUAUGGAGUUUUUGAUGGAGACAAGAACGUUGAGGUGCCUUACCUACUGCAGUGCACCAUGGGAGAUGUGCUAGCGGAGGAGCUUCACAGGGGCCAGAGGCAGGAAGAUUACAUGAUCAACACUUUCCUCACCAUGCAAAGGAAACUGGGCACAGCGGGCCAGAGGAUGGGCGGCUCAGCAGCUCUAUGUCACAUCAGACACGACCCGGUGGCGCCCGGUGACCACGGCGGUUGCUUCACCCUGAAGGCCUCCAACGUCGGCAGGUGCCAGGCUGUUUUGUGCCGCGACGGUAAAGCUAUGCAACUCUCCACUACACACACCGUCACAGAGCAGCCGGAGUACCAGAGGGUCCGGCAGCAUAACGCCAUCAUCACCGAGGAUAACAAAGUCAGCGGUGUAACUGACUCCACCAGAAUGAUGGGUUACUCCUUCCUGUGCCUGUCUGUGACCCCCAGACCCCACGUCUCCACGGUGACCCUCACCCCGCAGGACGAGUUCUUUCUCCUGGGCAGCCGGGGCUUGUGGGACAUGUUGUCCCCCAGUGAGGCGGUGGAGGCGGUCAGGAAUGUACCGGACGCUCUGGCCGCCGCCAAGAAGCUGGUGACUCUGGCUCAGAGCUACGGCUGCUCCGACAGCCUCAGCGCCGUCGUCGUCCAGCUCAGCAUCACGGAAGACUGCUGCUGUUUCUGCGAGCCGCCACCUCCCCCUCCCAGCCCCGGCCUGGGAGUGCACACCAGCACACACCCCUAUUCGGCAAGCGGCGACGGCGGCAUGCCUCUGCCGCCGGCCUCCUCUGGAACAGUGAGCGAGUUGAGCAGCGAGUUCAGCACAUCCGAGAUGAGCAGCGAGGUGGGAUCCACAGCGUCCUCGGAGGAGCCGCCGCCUCAGACCGAGCCUCACGCAUCCCACCUGAACCUGCCGGGGCGAGCCGGCGUGCGGAGGCCGGCCUGCGGAGGCGGGAGCUUCCACAGACAGUUCUCCGGAGCUCUGUCUGACAACGGGGUCGACAGCGAGGACGAAGAGCCCAUCGCCGGCGUCUUCUCCAACGGCAGUCGCGUAGAGGUGGAGGCCGACGUCCACUGUCUGCACCGCCACGACCUCCCAGCACCCCAAACACACACUCAACCAAGCACAAACAUCCCUCCCGCCGUCGCCUCGCAUCACGAGCCGUCACCUCUUCCCUUCUCCUCCCCUUCUCCGUCCCCCGUCCCUCCCUCCUCUCCCUGCCUCAGCGGGGAUGCUCAGUCGGGGACUCUGGGCCGCAGGGCGCGAGCAAACGGCUCCGUGGCCUGCCAAGGAAGGAACCAGGACCUCAUAGAGGAGGCGGCCGACGCCCCCGUCAGGAAGCAGGGGGGCUACUUCAACGCUCCCGCCCAGCCGGACCCCGACGACCAGCUUAUCAUCCCGCCAGAGCUGGAGGAGGAAGUCCGGCAGAUCAUCCAGCAGCAGCAGCAGCAGCAGCAGCAGCAGCAACAACAGCAGCAGCAAAUUCAAACACACAACCAGCCAGCACACAGCUACCAGAAACCUGCAGACUAUUUCGUCACACCCCUCUAACUUCAGCCCCCCCUUCCACCCUCCACAACAGCUGGUCUCAUCCAGGAUUUCCGAUGGAGGACUGUUGAAUCAGGACCGUCUGUCUUGAUGCUCUGCACUGCGUUAAGUCGUAACCGCUCCCUCCAAAAACCUCAGAGUAUUCUGAACAUGCUUCUGGACCAGAGAGACUGUGUUUUUGUUAUUUACUUUAUUUUCUACUGUUAACUCUAUGCCCCUUGAAAACGCAAUGCAAUUUUUAUAACACUUUACGUUGAUUUAAAUCUUCACAUGUAAUUGAUUUUUACCAUAUCUUUAAUUUGAGGAAGCACUUUGAAUGCUUUUUAUUCGACUUUUGAGAAUCAUUCUAUGUUAAGUGGUACUUUGAGAUACGGACCAUUCUGUUUUUGUGUUGUAGCACACAUUUUCCCCCGUUUCGUCGCGGCUGAUGGCCUUACAGUUGUCGGAGUUAGUAAAACUGUUAAACUAACUCCUAGGAGUUUAAUACUUUAAAGUGACCUAGUCACUGAAGCGUACUAAUAUUCUCUGAGAGAAAAAGAUGAUUAUUUCAAAAGGCUGAUAUUCCAGGUUUGUGUUGUCGGGGGUGUGCAGAGUUCAGAGUGGUGCUGCAGUGCUGAGGAAACGCUGAACGUGGGGGGGAAUCAUCCUACAGUUAUUACCAGCUCAAUGAAUGUUCUCAGAACAGUGUUACAGACUUCUUGAUAACGGCAAAUCGCACAAGAGAGCUACUUUUGCUAUAUUAUAAAUUAAAGUUUUCAGAUAACCACAACAAACAA